AUUUGUUUGUUUACGUUUAGUUUAGCUUAAAUUCAAUUUUUGCUAAAUGUCAAUCUUGUAUUCAUCUUGAAAUUAAUUUGACUGUAGCUCAAUUUAAUUUCAUUCCAUUAUUUACGAUAUAGUUUUUUCAUUAAGUAGACUUGAUUUGUUUUGCAACUUGAUCUAUUAUAUCAUAAUAACUAUUCUAUCUCCACGAUUGCUCCAACGCUGCUAGAAAAUCAUGAUUUCACUGAGUGAACUUAUAGCAGCUGAUCCUAGUCUUAAGCCGGCUAAUCAAUACGAAUUGGAAGUUAUUCAAAUGAUAUCCGCUGAUCAAAAAAUGUUUCGUUUGUACAAAGAUCCUAAGCUAUUCGAUAAAAUUAAAAAGGUUGUUCCUCUAACUGAAUUGACUAACAAAUGUGCCCAAAGGCUGUUGCAACUUAAAGCUCAGUCAGGAAAUUCCGUGGAUGGGAACAGUCAACAGCAAUUAGAAAGUCGUGAUGUUUUUUUUCUCCUUCUGUUAGAAUGGUUUAAAAAGGAAUUUUUCACUUGGUUCGAUUGUGCAUAUUGUAAAGAGUGUCAAAAACAAAUGAAACUAUUCGGUCGAAGUCCUCCAACUCAAGAAGAGACACUUUGGGAUGCCGCUAAUGUUGAAAUUUAUCGGUGUGACAGUUGCUUAGCCAUUGAAAGAUUUCCCCGUUAUAACCACCCAAUGAAGUUAUUAGAGACCCGUAAAGGUCGAUGUGGAGAAUGGCGAAACUGUUUCUCAGCAAUUUGUGUCGCUUUUAAUUAUGAAAUACGUUUGGUACAUGACUUUCAAGACCAUGUUUGGAAUGAAGUGUACUUUGAAUCACAGAAAAGAUGGAUUCAUUGUGACUGUUGUGAGAAUGCCUUCGAUACUCCAUUGAUGUAUGAAGCUGGAUGGGGAAAGAAAUUUGUUUAUUGUAUUGGUACCUCUGAAUUUGAAAGUCAGGAUAUUACUAUGAGAUACAUUCAUGACUAUCACGAACUGAUAGAAAGAAGAAAAGGUCGAUGUCGUCCAGACUGGCUUAAUCGUUAUCUUCUUUACGUUUCAUUUCGCCUUCAACGUAACUGUGAUCCAACUCUAAAAUCCAAAUUUCUUGACCGUCGUUUAGCAGAAAUUUCUUCCCUCGUAUUUAUCCCUGGAAUCGAGAAACAAGUGAAAGAAAGUGAAAAGCAAGGGCGCUCUUCUGGAUCCAUUGAUUGGCGCGUUGCUCGUGGUGAAUGUUCAUCUACUCAAACCAAGAUAAAGAAUUUUAUCAUUAAAUUUAAUGACAAUACAAAGGAUGGAAAAUAUCGUUUUACUUACCAUUCUGUUUCUGAUAAAUAUUUUAUCAAUGAUUUUCAGUUAAAUGGCUGGGAAAGCGCAGUUUUUAAUUUUGAUAAUAUAUUUAAAAAGGUUGAAAAGGACUGGAACAUGAUUUACCUUUCUCGCCAAGAAAAUAGUGAUUGCUCCAAAAAAGGAACUUUAACCUACAAAUUUGAUGUUCGAUUCAACUGGACAGCAAUGAUAAUUAAAAUAAACACAAAAGUUUACGAUACUGGCCGAGUAUCUAUUUUAUUAACAAGUGAACCUGAAUUUUUAAACAAAGAAAUAGAUCCAGAUAGUGUUAAUGGAUUGAAAAAAUCUUGUCUAAAAAAAGAUGUUGACUACAUAAUAAUGACCAUGACUUUAUCAGGUGGCUCUGGAAACAUUGGAUGGCAGCAAGCUCAACUGUUCCGUCAAUCAACUUUGGCUGCUGCAACCGAUUAUUCAUUAGAUGUAAUUUUCACCAAAGAUGAAGAAGCUACCUAGCCUUGGAACAAUUCAAUUUAAUUUGAAAUACAAUUUUUAAAGAUAUUUUUCAAGAUAUUACAAUCAUCAGACUCUCCGAAUAUUUCUCGAACAAAAUUAUUGACUUUUUUAUGUGUAUUUUAUCCCAGAAAUUUAAUUUAAAUCAAUGUUAUUGGAUGUCUGAACAAGUCAACUUGAAUUUAUAAAUAAAAUUUGGUUUGUGAUGAACGUUUUU